CGGCGUGGGCUCCUUAGGGCUGGCGAACCCAGCUCUGCUCCCGGCCGGUUUGGAAAAAGGGCUGGCAGCGGGCUCUGUCCCCGCUCUGAGGAGUCCUGGGCACCGGGUCCUGCCCGCGGCCCCCAGCCGAGCCCAGCGCUGCCCGGAGCGGGACCCCAAGGCCAUGGAGGCUCCCCAAGGGUUCAGCGCAUCGCGGUGCAGAGAAGCCAGGGCUGAGUGCAGGGACGGCCGAGGGAGGGGAUCAAACCCGCUCCCGCUGCCGGCCGGAGCCGCCGCGUGUUCCCGCCGGGCUGGGGCGGGACCGGAGCCUGCUGAUUGUCCUGGGCGAGCAGAACAUUCCCAUGGCCCCCACGGAGCUGCACCGACCCCCCCGCCCUUGCAGAGGCAGGGCACGGCUGCCCCGGUCUCGGAUCCCCCUGACUGCCCCCACCGCUCAGGGCUGCAGCGUUUUCCAAACUCCAGCAAUUUGCAGUUCCCCCUUUGUCUGCCUCCCCUGCAUCCUCCAAACCUUCCGGAGCCCCUUCUGAGCCUCCCCCGUGCCCAGCGCAGGGGGUGCCGGGCUGCCCGGGGAGCCCCGCCGGGUGCGGGGAAGGAGAGCUCCGGGUGCUUGGGCUGCGGGACCAGCUGCCCUGUCCCCUGCGAGCAUCAGGUGCUGGGCCAGGAGGGCGCUGUGGGUGUCCCCCAGUUCCUCCUGGGCUCUUUUGGAUGCCAUCGGUGCGACAGAGCCCAGCUGGAACGGGGGAUGCUGCGGGACCGGAGCCGGUCCUCCACAGGGUGAGGUUUGCAGCAGGAUUUGCUGAGGGUGCAGCCGGCUGAGCUGCCCUGGGCUUCAGCCCUUCUCCCUUCCGCAGCUGGGAGCUCUCCUUGUCCGAUGCCACCGUGCCAAAGGCAGAGGUCCCCUGUCCUGCCGGGCUGGUGGAUCAGCAGUGUCUGCAGCAGCCCGGGCUGGCUGUUGGCUCUUUCCACCCUCGCCGUGCAGGGGGUGCAGCAGUGCCAGCAUUACCAAAAACUGCUCGGGGCAGUCACAGCUGGGGUGUGAGCAGCUCCCCACAAAGAGCUUGAUGUCCAUGAAAGGGGAAACUCAGGCCCAUGAGGGCAGCAGAACAUUCCCAUGGCCCAUGCUGGAGCUGGGAAUGGAAAACAGCCAGGCCCUGACACAGGGUCUGUGGGUGUGGAGAAAACCCAUGGGAUGGAAGGAGGGAGCAGGUUCCCCCCCACCACAUGCCAGGCUAACCCUGCCCAGACCUGCUGCAGCCCCAGGUCACCUUCCUUGGAAAGCCAGCCCAGGCUCCAGCCCCUGACUGAUGGGACCAAGGGUCAGCUUGUCCAGCCCCAGAGAGGGGCCCAGGGGUAGGUAACACAGAGCUGACCUGUGCUCCAAAGCCCUCCUGGACUCUCCUCUUGGCUUUGAUUCAACCCCUAAAGCUAAAUCCGAACCAGAGUGCUGCUUGUUUGCUUCAAUUCCCUGUCUUUGGGAAACAUGGCACUUCAUGUGUGCUGCUUGUCCCAACAGAGCUGUGUCCCUGGAGGAACUGUGCUGCCCUGCUGGCUGAGUCCAGAGCUGGAACUGGGCCAGCCACUUCACAAGGUUGAGGUGCCAUCAACAGAGCACUCAUUUCUGCUCUGCCAGUGGGGACAGGAGGGUCAGAGUCCUCACCUGGGGGUGCAGGUUAUUCAGUUUCAGCAGGAGGUUUGUGUGAGCAGUGUCUCCAUGCAGAUGUACAGGGGGAUGAAGGGGAUCAGGAGGAAGCUGAUCUCUGAUGGAUGGUGGCUACUGCCAGCACCAGGUCACCCCAGGACCCCCACAGCAAUGCCAAGUCCCCCUGCAGCCCCACACAAAGCUGGUGGCCCCAUGGAAGUGGGCAAAUGCCCUGUUCCCUGCAGAGCUGGGAUGGAGAGAACCAAAUCCCUUGGGGUUCAGGUGGGCACAGCCCUGUCCCACUCCCUGCCUGGCCGUCUGUCCCAAAGCCCACUGGUGAGCUGUUGGCUGCACUUGUGGCUUUAUUCUUAGGGCACAUGGGAUGAGCACAGAGCUCUGCCCAGCCUUGCUGUGCCACUCCUGCUCUGUACCAGGGAAAGAUGCUUCUGGAGCCCAGACCUUCGCGGUGAGAUGGAGCAAGAGCAGGUUCUUGUUGCUGUUUUGGCUCCCUCAAAUGUUUCUGUGGGGCCCUGGGAGUAUUUGCUGAAGGUAAGGCUGGAGUGUGUGCUCACAACACUCAAACACAGCGUUAUCUUCCGGAAAUGAGGGAUGGCCUUGGACCAGCAACGUCAUAUUUGUGAAUGUCACUGUGGUGAGGGAGCGCACCCAGCCUUGCCUGGCACUGCUGCCACCACCGGUGCCCGGGCAGCCACAGCCACUCCUUCCCACAGCCCCAUUGUGCAUCUGUCGGUCCUGGGCAGGAUUGUCAUCUUCUGAGUCAACCAAGCAGCACGAGGUGCUUCACCACAUCCUGGCAGGUGACGUCAAAGCGCUUGGCUCCCUGUCACACCGCAGAGAUGCUGUGUGGUGGGGGGCCGCCUGCCCCACACCCUUCCCAGCAGGGUUUGGGCAGCAGCACUGCUGGAGAGCUGGCUCCAGCACCCACAGCUGGCAAGCAAGUGCAGGGAGGUGCUGGCACUGAUUUAUCAGUUCAGCACAAAGCCUGGGAGAAACGAUGAGCAGGUGCCACCCACUGUGUCCGGCCACGGGUGGGGCUGGGGCCCAGCUCCCAUGGAAGCUUGCUGCAGCCGGGGCCGCUGGUCCUGGCUCCCUCAGGGACACCGCAGGGAGCCGGCAGCCACAGGUGGGCUCUUGGAGGCAGCUUGGAGAGUGGGAAUUCCUUCAAGCCCUCUGCUGAGCUGGAGGAGCCGGAGCCCAGCAGAAAGCAGAGCAAAGGCAGACCCCAAGUUUCGGGAGAUCUUCCACUUCAACACCCCCGUGCUCAUGUGGGACCAGCACUUCACCCUGGAGACCUGGAACAGGCUGAAGACAAGACAUGUCCCCUAUGGCUGGCAAGGCUUGUCCCUCGCAGUGGUGGGCAGCACCCUGCAGCUCCUCAAUGCCUCGGCCAACCGGCAGCUCUUCGACAGGGCCGCCUUCUCCGGGGGCUGUGUCCGCUGUGCCGUGGUGGGCAACGGCGGCAUCCUCAACGGCUCGCGGCAGGGCAAGGCCAUCGACAGCCACGACCUGGUCUUCAGGCUCAACGGUGCCGUGAUCAAGGGCUUCGAGAAGGACGUCGGCACCAAGGUCUCCUUCUACGGCUUCACAGUGAACACCAUGAAGAACUCCCUCAUCUCCUACGAGGAGUACGGCUUCACUCAGAUCCCCCAGGGCAAGGACCUGAAGUACAUCUUCAUCCCCUCGGAUAUCCGGGACUACGUCAUGCUGAAAUCAGCCAUCCAGGGCAGCCCAGUGCCCGAGGGCUCGGACAAGGGAGAUGACCCACAGAAGUAUUUUGGACUGGAGGCAUCUGCCGAGAAGUUCAAGCUGCUGCAUCCUGAUUUCUUGCAGUACCUGACAGCAAGGUUCCUGCGGUCAGAGCUCCUCAAUACCCAGUACAGCUCCCUAUACAUGCCCAGCACUGGUGCCCUCAUGCUCCUCACCGCGCUCCACACCUGCGACCAGGUCAGUGCCUAUGGGUUCAUCACAGCGAACUACGAGCAGUUCUCAGACCACUACUACGAGGUGGAGAAGAAGCCUCUGGUGUUUUAUGCCAACCAUGACAUGAUGCUGGAGGCAGCGCUCUGGAGGAGCCUGCACCGCGCAGGGAUCAUCACCCUCUACCAGCGCUGAGGUCGGGAGGUUGCCCACAGGGCCAAGUCCGAGGACUCUUGAGGCUCUCCUCCUUUCUCCUGAGGGUCACCUUCUCCCUCCUGAGGGCUCUCCCCAGCUGGCCAGCCAGCCCACGGAGCAGGCUUGCUGCACCACAGCCAGCAGUGAUGUGAGGAUAACGGGGAAGCUGGUGCUGGUGGAGGAAUGCUGCAUCUCCUCAGGCAUCAGUGUGAUUGAACAUAGCCUUUGGGGCAGCCAGAAGCACCACAGCAUGUGGCUGUGCCCUGCCAGCCCCAUGAAUGUGGCUUUGGGGCAGCAGUGGCCCCUGUGGAGCACAGGAAGGGCAGGGUGAUGCUGGAAGAGGAUGCUGGAAAAUGCCCUUCACCCUAGAUGCUCAUCACCAUGUUGGGACCACAGCAGGCAGGAUAAAUCCUUGCACUGGAGCUCAGGUGACAAGAGGUGACAUGUCUAGAGAACACCUCUCUCCAGAAAGACUGCAAAGUCCUAGCUCCAGCCAGCUGUGUGUGGAUGUGUGCCACGUUCCAGAAGGAUCUGUUUGCCUCCCUGGUCAGUGGCACAGAGAGCAGGACAGACACAGUGGGCCCUGUCACUGUCCUCUUUUUGAGGUCUGGUGUUUUCUGACAAGGAAGGGGCUCAAAAGCCAUCAGCUAUAAGGAGGGUCACAGCAGCUCAGCCAGGACACCAGGAACACUCCAGGCUCUGAGCAGCCCAGAGGUGACACUGGCCUCAGCCAUGUGUGGCACUGGCUUUGUCAGGCUUUUCUUGCACAGGGACUCCAUGGUGCCUCUGAGAGGCAGCCCCACACCAGGUGGGUCAAAGUGAUGGUCACUCUUAAUUUCCUUCCCCAAACCCCAAGGGAGGGGAGGGUCCUGAACCCUUCAGCUGUCCCUUAUCCACCAGCACUGCUCAGGGAGACCCACCUGCGGAGGCUUCUCCAGCUGGUGGGGGCUGGAGACAGAGCAGUGUAAUGCAAGACACUUUCCCACUUUGUGUAAUUACAUAAAUGUUGAAUGAUUGUUUUCCCUA